GGGGGAAGGGGAGGCCUCAUCACCCCCAAUCCCUUGUCAACUCUCCCCACCUUCAAAGAGGCCACCAUUAAAACCUAAAGGAUCUGCACGUCCCCCCAGCCGCUGCCGCUCUCCUGUGCCUGAUCGGAGCCCCCCUAGUCGGCAUCCGACGCGCUCCGCCCCGCCCCCUUUUCUUUGAGGGCCCUUCGGGAGAGUUCUAGGCCUGUAAAGGAAUUGAGUCCCCACCCCAUCCAAGCCCCUGUUUCCAACCGGGGUGCUGAGGUUGUUGUCACGACGCACACAAACAGAUCCACGCUCACAGAGAAAGAUGGAUGGGGGUCGCUCUUUGCAAAAAACGCCAAGAUAAAACCAGACAGUGGGAGAUUUUGAUAAGAUCUGGCGAGAACACUGUGAGGAUGAAGAAACUCUUUGUGAAUAUGCUGUUGCAAUGAAAAAUUUGGCAGAUAAUCAUUGGGCAAAAACUUGUGAGGGCGAAGGUCGUAUUGAAUGGUGUUGUAGCGUAUGCAGAGAAUAUUUCCAAAAUGGUGGGAAGAGAAAAGCACUUGAGAAAGAUGAAAAAAGAGCUGUACUUGCCACUAAGACCACUCCAGCCUUAAAUAUGCAUGAGUCUUCUAAACUUGAAGGUCAUUUAACCAACCUCAGCUUUACAAACCCUGAAUUUAUAACUGACACUGUUUACAAUAGCAAAGACCUGGAAUCAACCCAAAUGCCCAUUGAUGAUAGACUGCACAAGGAAAAUGUGGCACAUACACAGCAUGGAAUACAAUGCAGCCAUGAAAAACGAUGGGUUCAUGUCCUUUGUAGGGACAUGGAUGAAUCUGGAAACCAUUCUUAUCAAAGUGACACAAGAACAGAAAAUCAGACACCGCAUGUUCUCACUCAUAGGUUGCUACAAGCCUCAGGAAAAAUCAGAUUACUUGAUGUUGGCAGCUGCUUUAACCCAUUUCUGAAGUUUGAAGAAUUUCUAACUGUUGGCAUAGACAUUGUACCUGCUGUAGAGAGUGUCUAUAAAUGUGACUUCCUGAACUUACAGCUUCAGCAGCCACUCCAGCUUGCACAGGAUGCUAUUGAUGCUUUUUUGAAGCAGCUGAAAAACCCUAUUGAUUCUCUUCCUGGAGAACUUUUCCAUGUGGUUGUUUUCUCUCUUCUUCUUUCUUAUUUUCCAUCUCCUUACCAGCGAUGGAUUUGCUGCAAGAAAGCCCAUGAACUGUUAGUGUUAAAUGGUUUAUUACUUAUCAUCACACCUGAUUCCUCCCAUCAGAACCGUCAUGCUAUGAUGAUGAAAAGCUGGAAGAUUGCUAUAGAGUCCCUGGGCUUUAAACGCUUCAAGUACUCAAAAUUUUCACAUAUGCAUCUGAUGGCAUUUAGGAAAAUCUCUCUAAAAACCACAAGUGACUUGGUUAGUAGGAACUACCCAGGAAUGUUAUAUAUUCCUCAAGAUUUCAACAGUAUAGAAGAUGAGGAAUAUUCUAACCCUUCCUGCUAUGUUCGAUCAGAUAUAGAAGAUGAACAACUAGCAUAUGGUUUCACAGAACUCCCUGAUGCUCCAUAUGACUCAGAUUCUGGAGAAAGUCAAGCCAGCUCUAUUCCUUUCUAUGAGCUAGAGGACCCCAUAUUACUUUUAAGUUAAUGUAGAAGCAAAAGGCCCUUUCAGUCCAGGCUUCUAAACUAAUUGCUUACACCAAUUGGAAAUACUAAUAUGAACUCAUUACUUAAAACCUGGUUUGCAUAAAAGAAAUGCAAAGGUUUACAGAGUUUGCUAUUUUUUUCUACUUCUCAAUUUUAAAAUUUAUUCUUAUAUAGAAAGUUUAAAGUUUCAUGCAGAGUGACUCAUGUCAUAGCAGAAACUACUGUUACUUUAGCAUUUAGCACUAUCAUAGAAAGGUACCUUUUUCUCUUUAGUGCUAUUGUGAAAAAUGAAGCAUAAUUUGCUAUAUGUUUUCCUUUUCAACUUUUCAAUGUUAACUAUAAACCCUUGAAUGGGAAACUUUAAGAUGUAGAAAGCUGUAGAUUGCACUUUGAUGACUCACAAGUUAAAUGUGAUACAGAAAUAGAUUGGUUAGUUGUUUUGUGAUGCUCUUAUCUUUUUCUUUUUUCUAACUAAAUUGUGAUGUUACAGAAAGCCAUUUUAUGUUCCUUUUUUGUCUGAUGAUCCAAUAUUUCCUGAACUUUUUGUAGUUGGUGAUAAUUCUUUUUCUUUCUUCCAUUAAAACCUCAUUUGACAGCAUCGGACAUUGGGGAGAGAUUUCCCCCAAAAUAAUGUAUUCUGAUUUCCUUAGUCCUAUCCAGUAAACACCAUUGCCAAAGUAGUAUUUUCAAAACUUUGUGAUUUAGGCCUUGGUGUGAAGUAUAUUUAUCUGAGAGUUCACUUUUAGUUUUCUUAAACUUAGGUUUCAUUUACAAAAUUUUUUAUUUAAGCAAGGAACAAUAUAAUACUCAAUAAUGACCUAAAACACCUUUUUGAAAGGGUUUGCACUUGAAAGAGAGUUUGUUCUGUUGAAACCAACUUUAAUAUAGGGUCCUCACCUUUCCGUUAAGGAGGUGCCGCACUACAAGUUUCAAACUGUAUGGAAAAACUUAAAAUUAGCCCUCUGUUGGUGAUCUCAUAAAAUGGCUUUGAUGUUUUGGAAUCUUAAUUUCUAUCUAAACUGUCAGAAAAUUUUCUUUGAAUAUAUCAAUUAGUUGGCUGUGGGAAUUUUCCCUUUCCACAUUAAUAAUUGCCUUUCCGUGUUUCUGAAUCAGAAGCAAAUUAUUCGGGAAAAAGAUAUGUCCAAACAAGACAAGAUUAAUUUAAACAGUGAAGACCAUUUAGUCCACAUUGUCUUGUCAGCCAGCAAUUGUCAUGUAAACUAUCAUUAUUAAGAGUGCCACUGUGUGGAUUUUGUUUUCAAGUGGUUAUUACAUUAAAAUUACCUCAUACUGAGGUUUUUGCACUGAAAUAUCACAGUUUCAGAUUUCAUGGUUAAUGUUGUGCGUAUGGUUGUGUGUAUGUUUUUAAAGGAAACCUGCAUUUUCAAUAGUUGAUCCUAAAUUUCAUAAACUGCACUUCUUUACUCUGGUAAAACUGAUGUUUUUGUGCUUAUUGUGAAUUGCCGUAGUUACCUUUGAAUGUCAACCUUUAUUUAGAAAUAUAAAACUUUUAUCCUUUGUGAUAUAAAUGGUUGAGUGUUUGUACUCAGUAUUUCAAAUUUCACAUGCUAAAUUAAUGAAAGUAACAAGAUUGUAAUUUUUUAAAGUCAGUUACUUAAACGCAAUAAAUAUUGGUUGCUCAAAUAUGCCAGAAGUAACUUGAAAUUUUUCAUUUACUUUCAAUAGCAUAAGAUUCCUUAAUAUUUAGGAUUGACUGUUCUUUCCAGUUAAGCACUACAGGAUUAUGUCUUGUAGCUUCCCCAAGAGAAGGGAGGGAGAAAAAACAAAAAGCACUGUGUUGAGAAUAAUACAGAACUAUUUUGGUAGUACUUUUUUUUACCAUACUGUUUGCCUUUUGAUUUGGAUAAAUACGAUCUUGAGAGCAAAGAAAAUAAUACACCAAAUGAAAAUGCUUUGAAAGUAAAUGAAAACAGCGCUUUUGAAAGGCUGGUGUGAUAUGACCUUGGAGCCAGCCUUUGUGUUAACAGCUAAAAUGUUGGUGCUAUAAAUUCUGAUUGUUUACAGAUGUUGAUUCUGCUUAUGCUCCAAAGUGUGCAUGAUGUAUUUUAAGUAGUACUCUGAGGAAGUCUCUUUAUAAAACCUACUACCACUUAGUAUAAAUUUGUUUGAAUUUAUAUCAUUUGUUACUGUAAAUUCAGCUUAUUCAAAUUAGGUUGACACAGAUUUAAACUGAUACACAUUCCACCAAAGCCAAUUGAGUGUUUAAGUAUUGAAGUUUAAGCAGUCAUUGCAGCUUGGUGCCAGAUCAUGUAUGUAAUGACAAGAGAAGUUAAUAGGGCCUUCUAAUACUGUAUGGGUACUCUUAAGAAUUAUUUCAUUUGGAUAUAAAGAAGUUAUGAGGCCUCCUGUCACAUUCACAACAGGUUCUCCAAAGUAAUUUUGUUGUUUCAAAAACAAAUGGUAAUCAUUUGGUUGGAUUCUUCAGGAUCAUGACUAGAUCAUGUGGUUUUACCUUAGUUGCCAAGUGGUGGGAGGUAGCAUACCUGAAAAUGUACGUGUUUGUUGUAUUUUUUCACAUUUUGUGAACAAAGCACAUUUAUUAAAAAUUUUAAAUUUUCUAGUA